UAGCUGGUUGCUCGAGUGCGAACGACUCAGAGGACAACGAUGAUGCAGGCUCACGUUCCUCAUGCUCGACCUAGCGGUCCUCGACAACUGAUACAACCUUCGCAUCGCUCUCAUUCUCCUCUUCCUCAGAGCAGCAUUCCAGACAGAGGCGAAACGAAGCCUUUAAACAUCACAAAACGUCCUCAGUCCUCGGGUCAGAACCAGCAACACUCCCCUCCGACAGCAUUAACAGCAAAAAACCUUGCUGUACCAACGCCACCUCGUUCACGUUCUACAACCCCAAAAAUCUCUCUUCAAAUACCAAUACAGAGUAAUCCAGGUCCUGACAGUUAUUACGCCGGUGGCCCUCGAAACGAGCAGAGUCAAGCAUCCGAUAUUCUAGAUGUACUGACAAUCGUCCCUUCCUCGACUCUCACAACUGUUCCACCGGCAAAGCCCUCAGAUCCUGUUCAUGAGGUUCGCACAUUGAUCGAGAAAUUGGAUCCGUCCGACUCGCAAGAAGACGAAUCAAUAUUGGAUCCUGCUUUCUCCACUUCAUGGUCGAACGAUGUCUUAGAAGAGGUUUCACGUCUUGGAGAAGGUGCCAGCGGUGCAGUUCAUAAAGUGAGGGACAAGCGUAACCGAACUAUCAUGGCUCGCAAGACGAUUACUACACGUUCAGCACCCACUAAACAACUUCUCCGCGAACUGUCUAUAAUGGCCAGAUCGAAACACGUGAACAUCAUACGAUUCUAUGGUGCUUUCAUGUCUCCUUCGUCUAGUGAAGUGAUGAUUUUGAUGGAGUAUUGCGAGGGUGGAAGUUUAGAGGCUAUAGGGAAACGCAUUAAGGAGAUUGGAGCAGUGGUAGGGGAGAAAAUUGCCGGGAGAAUCUCUGAAGGAGUUCUACAAGGCCUUGCACAUCUCCAUGCAAACAAGACCAUCCAUCGGGACAUCAAGCCUUCGAAUAUUUUACUGUCCCGUGAAGGCGUUGUCAAGUUGUGCGAUUUCGGCGUGUCGGGCGAACUCGUCGAGUCAUACGUUGCCACAUUCACCGGAACUAGUCUAUACAUGGCUCCUGAGCGCAUUUUGGGGAACGAAUAUACCAUUCGAUCUGACGUUUGGUCUCUAGGAAUUUCUCUUUUAGAGCUGGUUCAAAAUAAAUUCCCCUUCCCGAACGACCUCCCGGCUAUUGAGUUGAUGAUGUACAUUACGUCUGGCGAGCCACCCCGAUUGGAAGACGAAGGCGAAGUCCGUUGGAGCAAUGAUAUGAAAGACUUCGUCAAGCAAGCACUCACAGCUAUUGCGAGGAACCGGCCAAUUCCCAAGGACAUGCUGAGCCAUCCUUGGAUUGUGGGUGUCAUGAAACAAGAGGUUCAUAUGGCACGAUGGAUACGUCAGGUCUGGGGCUGGCAAAAGACUCGACGAUCGAAAGACGACACGAGCACGUCUCGUCCAAACACUGGAACCCUUUCCCGCCCUCAGUCCAGUGAUGAUCACAGCACCGCAGACUCAUCUGGAGAUUCACCUGAGGAGUCGCCCCCUAACGACCACCAUCCAUGAUUCAACUCGUGUUAAAUGGCGGUCGGAACACACUCCUAAUGGAACACUUUUCUCUCCUGGUAUACUCUUCGUUUUCAUAGUAGGUCCUGCAAGUGUUGGUUUUGACGACAUAUAGUUUUUUUUUCCCGCGUACAACAUUCGUAUAUAAGUUUCUACAUCUAGUUGACAUUCUAUGGAUUCAAACACAAGAAACUGGC